UAACUGUCAAACCCAUGCUGCACGCUUUUUUGCUGUGAAUCGUUUUUCACGUAUUUUAUUAUAUAAAUUUAUUUAAAAGCUAAGAGAAAUAAAAAAUAUCAUAAAUAUGGCGAAGAAAGGUAAAAUGAAGAUCAGUAAAACUAAAAGAAACAACCAGACGACUAAUAAAAUGAAGAAGCAGGGAAAAUUAAAGCUUCAGCGGCACAAACAGAAGGUUCAGAAGCAAAAAACUCCCGUACAGAUUCAACCGGAGUACAGCAGCGACAGUGAAUCGUCAAGUAACGAAUGGGCUGAUAUGUUGGACGAAGACGAGCAGCGAUAUAUCGCCAAUAGACUCGCCAAGCAGCCACAGUUAUUGUCUAAUAUACCACAAGCAGAACCAGAGAAUAAGCGUGGUUCAAAACGCAGACGUAAAGAGAAAAUCCCUAAACCAAUCAGAGAGACUGACACUAAUGUGUCUGACACUGACAGUGGAGCAGAGAGUGACACAGAUGACAGUGAUGUAGAAGAGAAAUAUGAGAAAGAACAGUUAGAGCGUCCAGCCAAGAAAAUGAGGCCUCUGCUGCCUAUAAAGACUAAGGAUGGAGUAAUGGAGAGAGCAGAAGAAUGUGAAGAAUCUGAAUCUGAGCAAGAAGAUAACAUACAACUGCAACAGCAACAAAACAAAACUGAGGAUACAAAAAUAGAUUCAGGAUCGGAUUCUGGUAUGGAAGUGACAGAAGAACUUAGUGCUCCUCAACCAGAUGAAGUUGAGGAAGUAACCACAGUCGAACUGUUGGCUGCAAGGCGGGAUAAAUUAAGACAUGAAAAACUUAGGAUAGGUGCCCUAUGCUCCUCUUUGUUGGAGAGUCCAGAGAAAAAGCUGAAGAACUUAUUCCCAAUUCUAUACCUGAUGGAAGAGCGUUUGAAGGACGGAGCUUUGAACCUCAUGUCUGUGCGGAAGCUAGCCACCCUAUCUGCUGCCGAGGUGUUCAGAGAUAUCCUGCCAGAUUACAAGCUACGGCAUCAAGACUACUCUGAUAUUAAACUGAAAAAGGACACCCUAUCUUUAUACAAGUAUGAAAAAGAGCUGUUAGAGUUUUACAAAAGAUACCUACAAAGGUUAGAGAAGGCGGCCAACGUUCUCCGGCGGAAAAAGGGAGAUAACAGGAAACUAGACGAACCAACGCUUAGUCUAGCACUGGUGUCGAUACGAUGCAUGGCCGGCCUGUUGGUCGCGCGACCCAACUUCAACUACGCGACCAACAUCGCCCAGAGCAUCAUACCGUUCCUGGACAGCAGAGACCACACCGCGCGGCAAGUGGUCACCGACAGCUGCGUCAACGUCUUCGCGGAGGACAAGAAGGGAGAAAUUACUCUCGCUAUCGUGCGCCUCAUCAACCAGCUGGUGAAGAGGCGCGGCGACCGCCUGCACCCCGCGGCGCUGGCCUGCCUGCUGGCGCUGCGCAUCAAGCAAGUUGAGCUGGACAAGGACGCCGAGAUACAGCACAAGAAGCGCCAGGAGGAGAGGCACAAGAAACGGAUCGUCAACCUCUCCAAAAUGGAGAAGAAGCGCGCUAAGAAGCUCAAAGAGGUGGAACGCGAGUUGCUGGAGACGGAGGCGCAGGAGAGCGAGUUGGCGCGGCGCAAACAGCUCACGGAGGUCACCAAGACCGUGUUCCACAUCUACUUCCGCCUGCUGAAGACUGCGCCGCGUUCGGGGCUGCUGGCCGCCGCGCUCGACGGACUCGCCAAAUUCACGCACGUUAUCAAUCUGGAGUACUACUCGGACUUGGUGGCCAUCUUGUCCCGGCUCCUCAAGGACGAGUUGAUCGGGCACCGGGAGCGGCUACUGUGCGUGCGCACAGUGCUGGCCGUGCUCUCGGGUGCCGGGGAUGCGCUCAACGUGGACCCCGUGCACUUUCACAACCAUCUCUAUGCUAAUACGCUGCAGGUGCACGCAGGUGCGAGUCACGGCGACGCAUCGAUAAUAGUGGAGGCGAUAUGGCAACUGUGCGCACGCGCACGUCGCGUGUCGGCCGCGGUGCUGCGCGCAUUCAGCAAGCGCCUGGCCACGGCCGCCCUACAGCUGCAGCACAACGGAGCCCUGGCCGCACUCGCGUUGGUGCACCACCUCACGCAGCAAAGCAAAGCGCUUUCGUCGCUGUUUGAAACCGACGAAACGGUGGGGUCGGGUCGGUUCGAGCCCACCUCGCCCUCCCCGGAGCACUGCAACGCACACUCCGCGACCGCGUACGAAGUCUGCGUACUGAGGAGGCACUAUCACCCCACUGUGAGGAACGCGGCUGCCUCGCUGCUGGCCAGAGGGAGUUGGCCUUCGGAACUUAACAAACUAACGCCAAUGCAAAUAUUCGCCAACUAUGACGGGUCGCAGAUGUCGUUCAAGCCGUCCGUACCGCCGCCGAAGCCCAACACCCAGCCUGGCAAGAUCAAGUCAACCCACGCGUGGGCCCAAACUGAUCUCAAGACCCACUGCCAGGACGUAGAAGAGGCAGUAGAGAUGGCGUUAAAAGAAAACAUUGUAAGAUGAUUUAUUAAUACAAUUAAAUAAACGUGGUUAAUAA